UGGACCAGUGCGGUGGCAACGUGGAACUAGUUCUCAGCCCCAGUUAACAGUGUCCAGCAUUACGUACUGUUCAACCGGUCAUCAUACGCUAGGGAUCGCGAUAAUACUUUCAAAUUAAAAUAUUUAAUACGUAACACUGUUAUAUUGAAAUCUUAGAAUCAAAAUACAUCGAGAUCCUCCUUUUUUGAUGAAAGUCAAUAUAAAAUCUACUUUUGGCUGCACUUUUGCAUAGUAAAAAUAGAAAUAAAUAGGUUAAAGAUACCGAUAUACAAAUUUUAAAGAAUCUCAAAACUAAGAGACGAUCUUCUAAGCAACUAUAUUUUAGAGGAGCGUGUAAGAGCGAGAUCGAAUAUUGUUCGUCGAGAUCGCCGAAAUGUAACGGCGUGCAGCGUUGUAAAUGGAGCCUUGGGGCGCAUAGGCGCCCCCAGUCGGAGGGAAUUUUCGUGGGUGUAGAAAAAGGUAGGUGUUACGCCAGUGGUUCGAAGUGCAGGGGAAUGGAUAAUGUGCAGAAUACGCUCUCGAAAGGGAGCAGGACCGCAGAGCAGUGCACGCAGCAAGCCAAGAUUGUCAAGAUGGAUGCUCGCCGCGGACGGUGCGGAGUAUGGAUUUUGCCGCGUGAUUCGUGAAAACGACGAGCCCCAUGGUUGUUGUUUUGCGUGGGAAAGUCAUUCGCGGCCCGGGAAAACGCUGUCGUUCACGGUGUUCUUUGAGCGUUGCCUGUGCUUCUACGGUGUACCCGAUGUGCAGCGUUGAUUAAAUCCGAGUGCUUUCGCGUAGUGAUGAGAAAAACACCUAAAAGCAGUGUAGCAGCAGCAGCGGCCUUCUACAAUGGUGGAUAAUAAUUGUAUUAUCGAGGGAAACGUGAAAUUUCGCGACGGCAAAAAAUGGAAAUCACGGUGGUGUGUUAUGAGGAAACUGUCACCAGUCGCAGAUUGUCUUCAUUUACAACUGUACGGAGAUAGCAAGGAUCGAUACAAGCAGGGCCAAACGAAAGCUUCCUUGAGCUUGCAACACUUUCUCGGCGUGGAGAGCGGUUUCACUCUCGACAAGGAGUCGAACACGAUCGCUAUAAUAUGCCAGGACGUUACGGUCGUUUUGGCGUUCGAUACCAGAGAACGGUUGAUCCAAUGGCAAGUGAAGAUCUCGAACAACCUUGGCGAAGACCAGCAAUUCCUGAUCCUGAUCUCGACGGUGCCCUCGAAGGCGAAGCUGACGAACGGACCGGCCCAUUUGCACAUUCAGGAUCGCCGCUUUUGCAUUACUGUUGGCAUACCGCCUCGAUUGGUGGGCAUUUGGGAGAUCGCGCAUCUCCGACGUUACGGGGUGGUGGAGGGUCGGUUCUGCUUCGAGGGCGGUUCGAGAUGUGGCCGUGGAGAGGGUCUGCACGUGUUGAUCACGGAUCAAGGCGAGGACAUCGUGAAGAUGCUGCAACUAGCUGCGGAGGGUAAGCUGACGAAGAAGCGGCCGCUAAGUCGGGAGCAACUGUCGCAGGACAGCCCUCGCCGUCAGUUUUCCCGGUCGGAGACUAGAGCCAGCGACUUCUUCCCCUCGACUGUUUACUCAUCGACGUACGAAGAGCAGUGCGACAGCUGCAAGAACGAGAGCUCUCCCUAUUGGUCGUCGGCGGAAAGCAGGCAGCAGACGGAGCUCGACAGGGAUUACAGCAGCAGAGACACGAUCUCGGUGUCGGAGCUGCCAGACCAGCCAGGCGAUUGGCGCAGCUGUUCCCUUACUCGUCAAGGGACGUCCGCUCUGGAGCGAUGCGCUAGUUGCAUCAGCAAGCUAGGUACUGUCUCGAAGUCGUCGACCCUGGCGACCACCACCGGCGCGAGCAGCGUGAGCAGCCCCGCUGGAACUAUGAACAAUCUUGGCUGCCAUUUGCAAGCUCGUACCCUGGAUAGAUUGUCGCUGUCCUCGUACAGCACCAGCAGCCACGACAGCGACUACUCCGGCACCCAGCAAUCGCAGCAGCAGGUAGAAUGCCAUUGUUCGCAGACAAAGGGCGCGCAACAAACGAGCACGGCGCAGCGGGUGUCGCCUAGCCCCAGCUCGCUGCCACCCAGACCUCCGAAACCGUCCCAAACCACUGCCACGAAGAAGGCGAAAAAGCCGCCAAUGCCACUGCCAAACGAGCCAAUCUGCGUGCACUCGCGAAAGCAGCAGCUGGUCAGUCGCAUCACCGCCGCUAAUGCAGCUGCCGCGACUGCAGGACCAUACGAGAACUACGAUGUCCCCAAGACGAUAUUGGCUCAUCACAUGCUGCUCGAACAGGCGCCCCAACCUGAUCAGUAUUACGACACGCCGAGGAAGAUCAAGGAAUGCCUAGCACUGCCAAAAAGCUAUCCGAACUACGACACACCGCAGACUCCGCAAGCCGUGGUUCUGCAGCAAUGCGGCUGCCCGGCUAAGCUGACCGUUCAAUCUCCCAGAUCCUCCGGGUGUCCUUGUCAGAACAUGAUGAGCUGGGCAGGCUUUGUCCUGCCCUACUGCAGGAGGGGAGCAGGAAUUGAACCCACCGGGGUGACCGUUCAUCCCGUCAAACUCUCAGGCGAGGGUAAGAUGCCUGUGGUGAACGCGAGCGGGGAAAUCGCGAUUUACGCGACUGCCAAGAGGACGAACAAGUCCGAAAACGUAGAUGAUAAGACGAAGGAGAACUGCGACUGCCUCCAGGAGAGCAGGACCAACAACUACGAGAAUGUCGAGCCGGUGAUCGACACUCAGCCCGAGCCUAAGCAAGCGAACUACGCGAAUAUCGACUUCACACAGUCGCUGGAACAUUAUGAGAACAGCAAGGAUCUUUUGACCAAAAGCGGAAUAUCCCAGGAGGAGAUAGAGAAGUUCGCCGAUCAAAUCAAAGAGAAGACACCCGAACCCCCCGCGGAGGAGUCCAAGAUUUGCCAAAAGUGUGGCCACGUGAAGGACAGGGAGAACGAUUAUCUGGUAAUGGACCCCGAAAAGCAAACGCCAAAGAAACCCUUCCCAGGUUAUUUACCGAUGCAACCGGCGCACAAUGCUUGCUCCAAGGAGAUCCUGUCGAGGAUCUGCAGCGGCAUCAAGAGCUCCAGCAAUCCCGCGCUGUCUGGGUCAGCGAUGGUCGAGGGCGGGAAGAAGCGAUCAGACUCCGAGUUCCGUGUUCCUGGAUCCGCGAUGUUGGCCAGCCCCUAUUUGCGACGUCGUUACUUGGACGGCAACGGCACCGAGUCCAGUGGGAACAUCAGCUUGCUGCUGAGGAAGCGAUCGUACUCGGCAGAGUCAGCUCACUAUCUCGACGACGACAAUCACACGUUCCCGUCGACCUUGACCAUCCAUAAAUGCUCCAGCGAAGCUGACAAAGCCGCCUUGGUUCAGGCAGACAGUCACACCACCUGCGUGAACUCGGAAACGAAGAUGAACCAGGAUAGCGGGCAGAUGUCGAUAGCCUCGCCGCAGCCUUCCUUCAUCAAGAUCAGACGAUCGUCUUCGGUGCCAUCCAAGACUGGUCACAACAGAGACUCCUCCAGCAGCAACGAUUCCGGCGUCUCGACCGGUUCUCUCAGCCACAGAACAGCCGAGUUCGUCGAAUUCGAGUUGUCGCUGGCUCCGUCGACCUCUGCGAGGAAACAGAACGUCUUGUCCAUCUACCGGAAGAGUCCGCCGCCCACGUGCUAUCACAGCAGCCUGCCCAGGAAGUCCAAGUCCAGCGACCCGCUACGAGAGCUCUCCUUCCAGUUCCAGAAGAUCAAGAUACCAACGAAAUCGUCGUCGGCCGAGGCUGACAUUCCCACGUGUUUACCAAAGGGCGCGAAAGGGUUCAACAGCCCCGGGGAAGUGUCCAGCACUCCUUACAUCGACUCGAGGAGCACCAGCAGUGGAACAUCCGACAUGUCCGAUUAUAUCGAGACGCUAUCGCUGUCGUCUCAUUCGUCUUCGGACACUCCGGACAGUUUAAGGUUGGGAGGCAGAGCAGUGGCGACGACGCUACGCCCCCGCAGCGGGAAGGAGUAUUACAAGAUAGACAGAAGCAUCCUCGUCGAGCAAGGAAGAACGUUGACUACGCCGGCUGCAAAUUACGCGAACAUCACGCCUGUUCUCGAGAAAAGCGAGUCCCCAUCGCCUGGGUACAUGAGCAGCUCGCCGUUCGAACAACCGCAACCGACCCGUGAACACUUUCUGUUUCCCGAUGUAAGUAACGGCUGAUGGAACAACACCGUGGACCGCCAGCACGAGGGCCGUGGGUCUCACGUGACUUGGUUGACUUCUUCCAGGAAGCUUGAACACAGCAACAUUGUUUGGGAAGCGAGCGGAAACACUUCAAGUUCCUAGGAAUUCCAAACAAAACCAGUAAGAGUAUUCGCGUGUCUAAAAAGGAUUGAAAUCGGGGCAUCCUGACCGUUUACACUAUACGCGGGUAUCUAGCGUAUCAACAGGCAACCAUGCAUUCCAAAGAGAUGCAUUUAUUCAACUCGCAACAUAGAUAUAUAAAUAUAUAUAUAUAUUAUAUGCAGCAACUAACUCGAGCAUCUCGAACGUCUCCCCUGUUGUCGAUAAUGGAAUACAGUGUCGCAGGAAAACACGAUUACGUUUUUUCAUUAAUGGAAUUGCAUAUUUUUGUUGUCAUAGCAUGAUAAUCGUGGUCAAGACGAAUCCAACGACCUGCAAUAUCAUGAGUUUUGCGUGAUCUUAAGAACAAUUUAUUGUCUACCACAAUAUUCGUUUCAUCGAACAUAAUUGUGUUUUACUGGGACAGUUUCUUCUAUCGUCGACGAUCAAGGGGACGUUCACGGUGCUCGAAAUAGUUGGGAGGGAGCUGCCAUACGCGCGUCAUUCCGUCAGACUGAGGACACGAUCUUAAACAGUCCAAGAUUCGCAUUAGGAAUCAUAUUGAGCUACAGGUAGUCGUCUCUCAAACUUUCUUUCAUAUCUGUCGCUGCGAUGUCUUCUUCUCUAAACACAGGAUACAGAUGAAUCCGCACAAUCAAACAGAACCUGAGCCGCCGAGGACGAUUAUCCUCCGGCGGCAAGGACAGUCUAGGUUCUAGCGUAUAGUCGAAAUGAAGUCAAUAAUCGAAACACUUCCUACAACGACUCAAACAAUUUCUAAAAUGUGCUCAAUAAGAAAGAAACUGUAAUAGUUUGUAUAGUAAGAAAAUCCUGCCCUAGGAUAAAACAAAAGAGAGAGAGAGGGAGAGAAAGAGAGAGAAAGAAAGAUAAGAGAGUGGAGGAGCGAGAGAAGCGUGUGCAUCGUACACUCUUUGUAUGAGUAUAUAUCGUUUUUUGGAUAUGUUUUAUUUUAUAUGAGUAUACUUCUAAAAACUCUAGGGUACUGUACAGCGGGGUUUAGGGAAUGCAAUUCGCGGCUCUGUGUUUAUACAUAUACAUGUACUGUCUAACAUGAGACGUCAUCUCUAUUUGCAUUCUGACCGAACAGGCGAUAUAAUAGAAAAGAGAAUGGAAAGAAAAACGGGGAAUAAGAAAAAACGGAAAAUUGAAAGAGACGCAAUGAAAGUAGUCAGUUGCAAAGCAUUCACAGGGUUUCUCAAACUUACUAGUUAUUUUCUAAAGGCUAAGGUGUAAACGUAAUAUAGCCGUCAAUGGUCUUCUUUCUAACGAGAUUUAUAUGGUGGAUAUUGUAGAGUCUCUGGGCAAUCAAAGAUGGCACUAUGUAUAGAUUAUAAAGAAACAAGAAUAAGUAUCUUCUAAGAGUAAGUCCUAAGGAACACGCGAAAAAAUGAGGGAGAGAAGAAAAAAGAGAUGAGGAACGGUCUAAAGCUCGAAGUUAUUUUUAUUGAAUUUUUACAAACGGUAAACUUUCUUCGGCACGCGUAAUACGUUCCCCCCGUAUUAUCGCUUCUCUCGAUUUAUCUAUGAUUUUCCUAUUAGACAUUUACGUAGAUCACGCAACGAAUUAGUUGUUAGCAUAACGCGCGAACCGGCAAUAUUAAGUUCCCCGUGUGUUCUUUCGUGUAAUAUCGUAGGCGUUCGAACGCUCGAGCGGAGAAUAUUUUUUAAUUCGUACUUAAGGAUAUCUACGAUUGUUUCUUGCGCGAAGAACCUAUAUGUUUAUGAAAUUCUUUACCAAAAAGGAAAAAGAUGAAAAGAAACGAGGGUGAGAUAGGAGAGAAAAGAAACGAAAGGAGGAGGAAGCGAAACAUAAUACAAAACGGGAGAAAAAAAAAGUAAUAUUUAUUUUUACUUCGUCGGUGCAGGAUGGAUCUUUUUGAUAAUAAACUAUUUAUAAACGUAGGCGAUUAAGGGGUAAAAGCGAACGACUAGGUGAUCGUACCGGGCGAUCGAGUCUAGUUUAGGCCUGUUUCACGUGUCUGCACAGCUUCGAACUUUUCUUUGAAGAGACUAAAACGGUCGUGCCAGCCAGAGACGGGAUAAUAAUGCACCGUUACUCUAAAAGAAUAAUUUAGUUAUUCGAGGAAAAUCAUUACCCUUUAAAGCGAUGUACCGAACAUGACUAUCCAUUUAUUCUAAAACAAGAAUCAAACUUUCGGUCGAAGUUCAACGAUAGAACAGCCGAACGCUAGAACGACUGGUUCGUAUUUCAUUAAAAAAAAAAGCAACAAAAGGUAAAUGUUACCGUGCAAUCUUGAUUAAAGAAAUCAAGGUUGCGCAUUGCACUAGAUCUCGUCUCUGGCCGGGAAACCGGCCGCGAAUAUCUUCUCUCUGUGCGUGUACAAUUCGUUUCCUCUUUUGUCUGGCCGCAUGUGUCCAACCAGUCGUGUAAUAUCGUUCGCGAAUAAUCUUUGCACCGCGGAUAAUCGAGUUUUCUGCAACGCGCGUCGACGCGGUCGACGAUACACAAGCGCAGUGAUACUGAACGCAAUAAAUAGCAAUGCUAGGGAAUUAUAUGCUGAUAUUAAAGGGAGGAAGGGGGAGGGGUUAGGGGCGGGGGUGGGAGAGCGUAGGGCAGAGGAGAGAAAGAGAUUGGGGGGAGGCGAGAGAGGGUGAGAACCGUCGAGGGAUAGAGAGUGAAAUGAAAGAACUAAUCGAUAUAUCGAACGUUUUUCGCAUUUGUGAGAUAUAUUAAAAGCAGAUUGUUCUGUGUGUUUCAUAUAUAUUAUGCUCCACGGAGCGGAUAAUCAAAUCAGUAUUCAGAAUCAAAAAGAUCAACGGCAACGAGAGCGUGUUUCGCUGUUUCCGUGUGUGUGUGCGUGUAUGUACACGGGGGUUCAUUAACCGUGUAAAGUUAGCCGGGAAUCGUUUGCUCGUUACUAUAAUACAGCUGGCGUAGCUGGAAAACGGAAUAUCCACUUGUACAAUAUACAGGGACGUUCGAUCGAAAAUGGUCCGCUCGAGGUUCCGGAGACAUUGUUAUCGGCUCGAUACUUAAAACUUACCGUAGAUCGUUAAGAGACCCGGGCGGUCCCGCGCCUGUCCGUCCUCAAUCUCCGUCAGAUGAUCGAGAAACGUCCCGCUGUUUCACUUCGCUCUGCGAGAAUGCUACAAUUAACGCUAGAUUUACGGAGCACAGAAAAACAGCUGUUUUACAUUAAUUUAUAAAAGUAAUAAUAAGAUAUUUAUUCUGAUUUUUAACAAGCGUUAUUCUAUCAUUUGCCGUAACAUAAAAUAACUCGUAAAUGUGUCUUUACGAUAUGAACAAUCGUAAAUUAAAAAAUCAGUGACCCGUCGUUUUGACGGAUUCCGUAAAUCUAGCGUUAAUAACAACGUUAUUUUCGAUCUUAUCCCCGGGAAAUGUUCGCUGAAUCAUGAUUGUAUCGCUCAAUGUCUGAUUAUCGUUGACAUAUUGUUUUUUCAGUUCUAGAGGAACAUUAUCCGGUAAAAAAAGAUAAAUCAAAAGACGAGUUAAUUAAUUCGCGAGAGGAUCUUUCUCGUUGAUCUGACCCGUCUGGGAAACGAAUAGGCCGCGGAUCGCCCGAUAGUGACCUAAGUACUUAAUUUACCCCUUCGAAACGGUACUAUCUAUAUACCAAAGACGAAAUACUCGAGAGAAAGAGAGAGAUACUAGCUAGACAGAUAGCGAGCAACGGCAGAGAUAUUAUAGACGGUCAAAUCGGUUGGAACGCCUUGUACAAGAAAUUUCGUCCGACGCCUGGACCCCGGGGGGUGCGUUCUCGUCCGUUAAUCGAGCAACUAAUUGCUUCAGCAAUGCCACGCUUAUAUCCUUUUCCCACCACUCGCUCUGUUCGUUCAGCCAGCCAGCCAGCCAACUGGUCCGGUUACGUGUGCACAGUGCUAACUUUCGCGGCAAGCGGAUUACGGUACCUAUAGUAUGGGGGGAUGGGGAGGGGGUGCGUGCACACCGGUCGGUCGACCGUGCGAAUCGUAAAAAGUAUUAAAGUAGUAUUAUCACAAGACUGAACAAAAAAAAAA